GUUUUCCAGAUAUUAUUUUUUAAUUUAGUUUAUUGCAAUACGAAACAUAAAAAAUGACACGACAAAUUUUGUGGGGGAAGGCGAUUUGCUUAUUCAUAUUUCUUAGUUAUGCUAGGGCAAAAACUCCCGAAGUGUGUGAAUACAAUGGUAAUAUGUGCGAUGUUUCAACGGAAUGCCUUGGGAAAUUAUGGAAUGACGCCAACACGUACGGAUGCCGUGGCAUGACUUAUCCAACGUUAUAUGAAACCAGAGGAAAGACGGAAUUUUGGAUCGGUCUUUCACGCCCACAAGAAUAUAAUUCCAGCAAUUUGACUUUCUCGGUUGUUCAAGAAAUAGAUCACACUUGGUCGAAUGUACAAGGUUGUUGCUCGUUGCGGCUGGGAGAGUUUUGCGAAUUGCCGCCUUUCAAAAAACAAGGAAGUUAUCACAUAUUUGCCCCGUACGGGCGUAAUAAACACGAAUAUUGUGAAUAUGAAAUUCAAGAAUAUCAGGCCGUCGAAUUGAAAUGGUGUUUUCUGGAUGAUGAAGGAGUCUGUUUAUCUCUUGACGAUGGGGUUAUUCAUGUUGACGAAAAAUUUGGUUAUGAUAGAGGAGAAAUAACAUCAAUUGAUUUCCUAUUUUUCGAAGUUCCAUCUAAACAUGGUCAACUGGGGGAUGUGAGCCCUGAUGGUGUCACUGUAAACAUCCCGAAUAUUACAUUAGAUGGAAACAAUGUUUACGUUAAUAAUAGUGUUGUGAAAGCUGAUAUGGUGAAAAAUACUGAUCGCUUCAACAUACUUGAACACUUUGAGAAGCACAACACAAGUUGUGGAAAAUUGAUUUGUGUAUUUUAUCGAAUCAAUCGGUUUCAUAAUAAAUUCAGUGAAACGCCGAUUUGUGCGUCAGCUGAUCUAUCGUCUGCGGAAUGUUCUACAAGUGAAGGUCAAACACCCACAUCUUCAAUAAACACUCCUGUUAUCGUGGUAUUUGCUAUGUUUGGUGUUAUCAUUUUGAUAAUUAUCGCAGUUAUUAAACGAAAUUCGUGUCAUCUACCACUAUCACAACAUUGUAAAAGAAGCCAACGCAUGGCUGGUAAGCUGAAAGUCAAAACUGCGAAUUUUAACGAUCCUAAUGAAAAGGUUGGUGACGAAGACAACAGUAAACAUUUAUUACAAAACGGAGAUCAAAGUUUAGUGUGAAGGUUGCUGCUACUCAGGAUAUCAUAUGCAUAUUCGAUGAAUAACUAUAAAUAUAUAGAUAAACGGAUACGUGGUAGUGUUAGCGAAUAAAUAUUCAUUUGUUUGUCUUGUCUCAAACCUUCAACCGACCAAAAUCCACACAUUAAUAGCAUUCACAUGACACAGUGUUUCCCAAUAUAGACGGGUCGCAACCCAGAAUUGGGUCGUCUAGAGAUUUUCUUGGGUCGCUUGUUUUUCCAAAAAAAACAUGAAAGUUAAUGAUUUCACUUUCUAGUAAAUUUUACUUUUUCAUCGACAUUUUUUUGAAGUGUUGCUCAAUAGUAAUUGUAUAUAUAUGUGCAGUCGCUUGUUUCUCCAAAAAAACAUGAAAGGUAAAUGAUUUCACUUUCUAGUAAAUUUUACUUUUUCAUCGACAUUUUUUUGAAGUGUUGCUCAAUAGUAAUUGUAUAUAUAUAUGCAAUAUAUCUGCUGCUGUUUUGCUUAAGUAAAGUCAUGUGACGAUUUCAAAAACUCGCUUAUGGCAAAUGAGCGCAAAUUUUUCACAUUGAUGAGUUGAUUUCUGGAAAAAUAAAUUUCAUGUAAGAA